UAUAUCUUAUAUAUGUAUAUAUAUAUGCAUGACAUGCUUUCUCUUAUGAAUAUAUAAAAAUGCGUAAAUUUUUCGCUUUAAGUUCAUAACUAAAAUUCGCGAACGACGAGCGUGACCAUGAAUUCAAAUGAGCGGCUAAUUUUUAUCACAGUGAUGCUAUUCAGUUUGACACUUGCAACAGGCAUUCCAGUGGACAGUUCACAAUAUGAUUUGAGCAAUCAAAAUAUUUCAAAUCUCUGUGCGGAACGAGAAGUAGUGGGCGUUGUAGCCAAUCCAUCUGAUACGGAUUGCACCAGUUACAUCCAUUGCUAUAAUCAAUAUGGCGAGUGGCUGGCGAAACUAUUGAAGUGUCCAGAGGGACAAUUCUUCGACACUUCAAUGGGUUACUGCAGUAGUCUUUAUAACUGUUCACUUUGAAAGUAGACUGGAACUGAGGUGUCACUACAACAUAGAAUAUUAUAUAAGUUCAUAUUUUUACUUUGUGUAUGCGUCUAAUUUGUUUUAUCUGAUUUGUUUUAGUAUAACAACAAUUCGAAAAUUCACACAUAUUUAUAAUACAUUUAUCAAUAGAUUUUAUACUAGAAAUAAGUAUUCUAAAUAAAUGAAAUCAAAAUAUUAGACACAUUA